AUGAUGCGACAUCCGUAUUCCUCAGCCACCUUGGCUCUGAGAGCGAAGCCGACUCCUCGUAUCGUUCCUUUUCAAUCCAUCGCCGCUAUAUCCACGACCCCGAAGAAGCAUGCCGCAUCGGUGACACCUCACACCUCGAGCAGCCCCGCGCGCCGUGAACGAAGAGAAGUCGUUCUUCCCAGCCAAGAACCCAAGAAGGGCGUUGUUCAAUAUGCCUUAACUACUCUAGAUCAAAUGGCCAAUUGGGCCCGACAGUCCUCGUUAUGGCCCAUGACGUUUGGACUGGCGUGUUGCGCCGUAGAGAUGAUGCACCUUUCCACACCACGAUACGACCAGGACAGAUUCGGUAUCAUUUUCCGAGCGUCGCCGCGACAGUCGGAUGUGAUGAUCGUGGCCGGCACGCUCACCAACAAGAUGGCGCCGGCCUUGCGACAAGUAUACGAUCAGAUGCCCGACCCUCGGUGGGUCGUCAGCAUGGGUAGCUGCGCCAAUGGCGGCGGCUACUACCACUACAGCUACAGUGUCGUCCGUGGGUGCGACCGCAUUGUUCCCGUCGACAUAUACGUCCCCGGAUGCCCGCCAACUAGCGAAGCCCUCAUGUACGGCAUCUUCCAGCUCCAGCGCAAGAUGAGGCAGACCAGGAUUACGAGAAUGUGGUACAGGAAGUAG